AUGUUGUGCCGUGGCCUUUUAAAGAAUGUGAGUAUACGGUCGUCUCCCUUAGCCAUGUUUACGAGAUCCAUCUCUACAUAUUAUGAGUUAUUCCCUAAGACGUUCCAGGACAAAAAACCUGUUUGGGAAGUAGAUCAAGCCAAGUUACGUAAGGAGUAUAGGUCUUUACAGGCUCAGUUUCAUCCGGAUGUAGUUAAGGAGGGGCCUGAGGAUCAAUCGUCUCUUUUGAACAAGGCCUAUCAUACAUUGAAAGCACCUUUGACAAGGUCGCAAUAUCUGAUUAAAAUCCUGGAUGAGAUUGAUUUGACAAACGAUGAAGUGAAGAAACAAAUUACAAAUAGUGACCCUGAGUUACUAAUGAAGAUCAUCGAUAUCCAUGAAGAGCUCUCGGAAUGUGAUGCUGAGGAAGAUGUUUGUUCCAUAGAGAAGGAGAAUAAGAGUCGUAUGAAGGAUAUCGAAACAAAAUUAACUGAGGCGUUUGCACAAUCAGACUUUGACACAGCAAUUAAACUAACAGUAGAAUUGAAAUACUGGGCAAAUUUAGCAUUGGCCAUCAAGGAAUGGGCUCCAGGGAAACCUAUCGAAUUGAUUCAUUGA